GUAGAAAGGAGAAAUGGCAUAUAAGGUGGACAAAGUUCACGGGUAUGAUUACCUGUUUAAGAUAGUAUUGAUCGGUGAUUCGGGUGUCGGAAAAUCGAACAUUCUUUCUAGGUUUACGCGGAAUGAAUUCUGUCUGGAAUCUAAAUCAACCAUAGGUGUCGAAUUCGCAACAAGGACUAUCCAGGUUGAGGGUAAGAUUGUAAAGGCCCAAAUAUGGGACACAGCCGGUCAAGAGAGGUACCGAGCAAUCACAAGCGCAUAUUACCGAGGAGCCGUAGGCGCCCUGUUGAUCUAUGACAUAACAAAGAAGCAAUCGUUUGAAAACGUGCGCCGUUGGCUAAGGGAACUCAAGGACCAUGCAGACGCCAACAUUGUCAUCAUGUUGGCUGGAAACAAGGCGGAUUUGAGCCAUCAUAGAGCGGUUCAAGAAAGCGAUGGUCAAGCGUUAGCCGAGCAAGAAGGGCUCGUGUUCUUGGAGACUUCUGCACUUGAAGCAUAUAAUGUUGAAAAGGCGUUUCAGAUGAUUUUGUUGGACAUAUAUAAGAUAGUAAGUAAGAAAGCCUUGGCUGCUCAAGAUGCCGCCUCUUCUUCUACUCAAGUUCCUAGCCAGACAACCGCUAUAAAAGUUGGUGAUUAUGACAAUAAUUCAAGGAAAUGUUGUUCUAAUUAGAGAAAAGAAAAGAAAACAGUGAACACAAAUUAUUAUGUGUAAUGUUACAAUUUAGUUUCUGUAUUAAACGAACAUUACAAAAUUAUAACACUAUUUUACUA